CAAAACUUAAAGAAUGCUAAAAACUGAGAACCAUUCAUGCCCUUCUCAUCACCAUGGGUUCCAUUUCUAAUCCAGCCAUACACACAACAACACACAUCGUGACCUCGGAUUCCCAUGGUUUGUCAGAUUCAAGGACAAUACGGGAACGUGUGUGUGCAGCGUUGAUGCCAUUGAUGGUGGCUGUCGCUGGUUGUUUUGGUUAUUGCUCAAUGCAGAAGCACAAACGUUGUUCCUACACUGCUGAGGAUUUUGCAACCCUUGCUGCUGCAACAAGAUUCACAAUUAAGGAAGUGGAGGCAUUGCAUGUGUUGUUUAAAAGGUUAAGUAGCUCCCUAAUCGAUGAUGGUUUUAUUCACAAGAUGUGAGAACCCCUGGUAGUGGUAAUGUUCAUAGGGAUGCUGCAGCAUGAUGGACUGGACGAGUAUUAGGCCCACUCUGGGGCCCAUUGCUAGAGAAUUUAUUUUCUAUGUUUUCCUUGUCUGUACUAGACUUAUUGCUAUUAGUUCGUUAGUAUUUUACGUUUUGGGCCGUGUGAGACCUCCUUCAUGUUUAUGGAUAUGUUGGGGUACAGAGUACUUCAUAUUCCAAAUCUUUGUACCCUCUGGAUAUUAUGUAUAUGACGUUUUAUUAAAUGGGUUUUUAUCUAUUUAUU